GAUCCAAAAACAAAGGUUGUAACAUUUGAAGGAGAAGAUGGCAACACCGCAAGUAAAGACUGGUUUGUUCGUGGGGUUGAACAAAGGUCAUGUUGUCACCAGACGCGAGUUGGCUCCUCGUCCUCGCGCUCGCAAAGGACAAACGAGCAAGAGGACACUCUUUAUCAGAUCCUUGAUCAGGGAAGUUGCUGGUUUUGCUCCUUACGAGAAGAGAAUCACGGAGCUGCUUAAGGUUGGUAAAGACAAACGUGCUCUUAAGGUGGCUAAGAGGAAGUUGGGUACCCACAAGAGAGCCAAGAGGAAGAGAGAGGAGAUGUCCAGUGUUCUCCGUAAGAUGAGGUCUGGUGGUGGUGGUGGUGGUGCAACCGAGAAGAAGAAAUGA